AUGGCAGCAGACAAUCUCUCCCUCGCUGGCAAGACUGCCAUUGUCACUGGUUCAGGCCGCGAGAAUGGCAUUGGUGCCGCAAUCGCAACUGCGCUGGCUCAAAACGGAGCGGCUGUGACGAUUAACUACGUCUCCGACGCGUCGGAGCCUCGUUCUGCUAAUGUAGUCAAAACCAUACGUGACCUGGGCGGCAAGGCUAUUGCAGUUCGGGCCGACGUGAGCGUGCCGGACGAAGCCAAGCGGCUCGUCUCUGAAACUCUCAAAGCAUUCGGGACGGAUCACAUCGACAUCUUAGUCAACAACGCGGGCUCCGGAUGGCCUCAUUCAACGUUGGACAUCUCAAAGGCGGAACUGGAGGCCAUGUUCACGUCCAACGUCUUCGGGGCGAUCUUCCAGACACAAGCCACGGUGCCGCACAUGCCCAAGGGUGGCCGAAUUGUCAACAUCACGUCGAUAGCGUCGAAAAUGGGUAUGGCAGCGUCACCGAUGUACGGCGCGAGUAAGGCAGCGCUAGAUAGCCUUACGUUCACGUGGGCUAGAGAGGUCAGUUCAAAUCGUACUGCAGGUCUCGAAGCCACGCUCACGCCAGACCAGUUCGGCCUCAGUAAAGGCAUCACGGUGAACGCGGUCGCUCCCGGGCCAGUCAUGACAGACUUUGUGUCCGCGGGCGAAGUUGAGAUGGACUUCACCGCUUUCCUAGAUAUGACGAGAGCGGAACGGCGCGUUGGCACUGCGCAAGACAUCGCUGACAUUGUACUCUUGAUUGUGCAGGAAAAGGCUCGAUGGAUGACCGGGCAGUACGUCUCGGCCAGCGGCGGAAUUACCGGGCAGUAG